AUGCUGUAUCAUUGUAACUUGCUUAGCUUGGCCAGCAAAUUUAGGAAUUUGGAACUCAGACAUAUUCCCCGCACUCGUAAUGCCUUUGCUGAUGCUUUAGCUACUCUGUUUUCGAUGAUCCAACAUCCAGAUGAAUUGGUGAUUGAUCCUAUACAGAUUCAACUUCAAAAUAGGCCGGCGAACUGUCUGGUUACGGAAAGGGUCACCGAUGGUUGUUCCUGGUACGAUGAUAUUAAGGAAUUCAUGAAAACGGGAUCUUACUCUCCUGAUACUGAUUCUGUUGCAAAAAGUUUCUUACGCAGAAUGUCAUCAAGAUUCUUCUUGAAUGGAGAAGUGCUAUACAAGAAAACAUCUGAUUUGGGUCUUUUGAGAUGCAUCAAUGAAGAGGAAACCGAUUAUAUAAUGAAGGAAGUGCAUAGUGGGGUUUAUGGGUCACACAUGAAUGGACAUCUAUUGGCUAAGAAGAUCAUGAGAACAAGAUAUUUUUGGCUUACCAUGGAGCAUGACUCUAUAGAUUUUGUUAGAAAGUAUGUUAAGUGUCAAAUGCAUGGUGAUGUUAUACGUGCCUCUCCUAUAGAAUUGCAUAGUAUGACUGCUCCAUGGCCAUGUUCGAUCUGGGGAAUGGAUGUGAUCGGAACUAUUGAUCCUCCUGCUUCAAAUGGGCAUCGAUUCAUCUUAGUAGAGAUUGAAUAUUUUACCAAGUGGGUUGAGGCCGCAUCCUAUAAGCAUGUGACUAAGAAAGUGGUGUCGGAUUUCUUAAGAAAUAAUAUCAUCUGUCGUUUUGGGGCACCAGAGACGUUGAUCACUAACAAUACCAAGAACCUCAAUAAUGAUAUGGUGGAUGGAUUAUGUGAACAGUUCAAGAUUAGACAUCGAAAUUCGGUCGUUUACAAGCCUCAGAUGAAUGGAGCCGUGGAAGCUGCAAAUAAAAAUUUGAAAAAGAUUAUUCGUAAGAUGACUGAAGCGCACCGGGAUUGGCAUGAGAAGCUGCCUUAUGCACUAAUGGCGUACAGAACUACCAUCAAAACUUCUACUGGUGCAACUCUUUACUCUCUUAUGUAUGGAAUGGAAGCAGUCCAGCCUGCAGAAGUUGAAAUUCCUUCCUUGCGCAUUCUGAUGGAGGCUCAGAUAGAAGAAGCUGAAUGGGUCAGAGAACGUCAGGAGCAGUUGUCUCUGAUUGAUGAAAAGAGGUUGAAUGCCGUGUGUCAUGGAUAA